GGCAGGGGUGGACUGACCAUUUGGAAACUCGGGCACUGCCCAAGGACCCGGGGUCAGUAGGGGUCCCCAUGAGAUGCCCCUGGUACCUUUUUCAUAGGCUUUUUUGAGUUUGGGCAAGGACACAGGGGCCCCAUGAUCCCCUAUUGCCCGGGGGCCCCAUGAGUUGUCAGUCCGCCCCUGUUCCCAGGUAUAACCGGUACACCCUGUGGGCAUGCAUAUACUCUCUGAAUUGCACUGGCCCGGGGUCAGUAGGGGGCCCCAUGAGAUGCCCCUGGUACCUUUUUCAUAGACUUUUUUAAGUUUGGGCAAGAACACAGGGGCCCCAUGAUCCCCUAUUGCCCAGGGCCCCAU